UUUUUUCUUUCUUCACACCUUAAUUAUUUUUUAUUCAUACACAUUGUAAUAUAUUUAAAUUUAUCUUUUUAUUUAUUAAUAUAAUUUUAAACAAACUAUAAAAGUAAUACCCAAGAAAACCUAACCAAUAUUUAUAUAGAAAUGUAUCAAGGAAAAGGAACAUAUCUCGAAAAUUAUUUGGAUACAAUUUCAACAUUACCUUCAGAAUUAAAUAGAAAUUUCGCAUUAAUCCGAGAAUUAGAUUAUAGAUCAUACGAAUUAGUAGAUAAAAUCGAAAAAUUGAAAAACAAUUUAUUGGUUAAUACAAAUUCCACAAGAAAAGUAAUACAUAAUUUAACCGAUGAGAAAUCAUCAAAGCAAAUAAAAAAUGAAUUAAAACAAAUUUUAGAAUAUUCAGAUGAAAAGGUUGAAUUGUCAAACCAAACAUAUGAAUUGAUUGAUAGACACAUAAGGAAACUAGAUGCAGAUUUAAAAAAGUUUGAAGUUGAGCUUGAAACGAUGGAGGAGGAAAAAAAGAAAAAGAAAUCAAAGCAGGCAUCGGCAAGUGAAACAACUCAACAAAAUAAAAAAGGCAAGGCAAGAGAAACACUUACAAGUUCAACCAAUACAAGUGGAUCGCUUUCUAGGAAGAAAUCGCAACAAGAGAUCACAUCCAUCACUGGUAAUAACACCUCUGAUAUUAAGGUUUUUAAUGCAAACCAAGGUGAUUUGGAUUUGGCUAUUGAUCCAAACGAACCAACUUAUUGUUUUUGUAAUAGGGUCUCAUUUGGUGAAAUGGUUGGUUGUGAAAACCCAGAUUGUAAAAUUGAAUGGUUCCACUUUGAAUGCGUUGGACUUACAAGCAAUCCUAAGGGUAAAUGGUUUUGUCCAGAUUGUACAAAGAAAAAGUCAAAUAAAUAAAAGGAAAAAAAAAAACUAAAAUUAAAUAAAGAGAUAAUGAUCAUUAUCCCCAAUUUGUAUAU